CGGAUCACACCUUUGACGUUAUAACACAAAGCACAGCAUUAUUCGUUGCUUUGUUUAUAUAUUGUGGUCUUUUGGGGAAUCAAUAAUUAUAAGAAUUCUGUCGUUCAAGACUCACAUCCACAUAACGCGGAGUAACUGUCGAUCAAUAUGGCAAACAAGAAGGCCGUAGCCGCUGAUGGUGAGGCCACCGGUGAGACUGCUGCUGCCGCCGCCCCUGCUCAAUCUACCCCCGCCGUCGCUACUACUCCUCUAGGUCCUCAGCAGAAGGGUGGCCAUGUCUUUGGUGUAGCUCACAUUUUCGCAUCGUUCAACGACACUUUCAUCCAUGUCACUGAUCUUUCCGGUCGUGAAACCUUGGUUAGAGUAACUGGUGGUAUGAAGGUUAAGGCUGACCGUGAUGAAUCCAGCCCUUACGCUGCUAUGAUGGCUGCUCAGGACGUCGCUGCCAGGCUUAAAGAAUUGGGAAUUACUGCUGUUCACAUUAAGCUUCGUGCUACUGGUGGUACAAGGUCGAAGACCCCUGGCCCUGGUGCUCAAUCUGCGCUACGUUCUCUUGCACGUUCUGGUCUUAAAAUCGGUAGGAUCGAGGACGUUACACCCAUUCCUACCGACUCUACCCGCAGGAAGUGUGGUAGAAGGGGUAGAAGGUUGUGAUUUAUUUGUUAUGCGGCCUGUUGGCAACAUCGCUGCUAAUUUGGUCUUUAGUGUA